AUGUCUAAUAAAUUUGUUAAUUACGUCCUUUUUCCAGUUACAACGGUAGCGUUGUUAGGAACCAUCAUCCGCAACCAAGCACGACCAUCAAAAGCACACACUCAAUUCAUCAAAGAUAACUCACAAAGCAUGCAUCAGUGGAAAAAGGCCAAUGAUGGCUUGGGUGUGAAUGAUGUGGGCAGAAGUUGUGGUGGUGUAUAA